AUGGUUUCUAUGCCGACACUCGAGAGGCGCGUGGGAAAACUACUACUACAGCUACUGCUACUAGCACCGCUUUCACUACUGAUGAAUGGCGACGAUAGUACGACGAUUGCAGCGCUCGUGACGGCAACACCAACGACCGUGUGGAACACGUUCCUGCAGACUAUAGACAUCUUUGCAGAUGUGCCGGCAGUUACUGGGCGGGAACAAGUCGCUGCUCGGGCCAGCCGUGGUGUGCAGAUGCUGGAUGGUUUGCCCACGACACACGCAGUCUCUUCGUGGGCACAACAUGCCGUGCGUGUACGUUGUGUGGCAAGGACAUUGUUACGAUUGGGGUUUCAAACAAGAGAAGGAGUGGUCAUUUGUGCACAAGCUAGCCCGUUACUGCAUGCAAUCAAUCUUGCAGCUGUAUCAUUGGGUGGCGUAGUCGCUCAUGUUCGCAGCUCGUGGAGUGCACGUGAACUUCGGGACGACAUUUUGCCGACGGCCGGAGCAUCGGUUGUGGUUGUUGACUCACUCGGAAACAACUUUCGAGAAGCGCUGGAAGCUUUAUGUGAUGAGCGUAAGGCUAUUGGAAAGCCUAUUCGUGCCGUAGUGGUGCUCGGGGGCUCAGCUGCAAUGGACUCUGCUGUCAUGGAUCUGCGUGUCAGCGGUAUCAACGUUAUUGGAACACAAGACCUGCUCGCAGUGAACACACCCGCAACUGAGGAGGCUGCUAUGGCGUCUUCGCUUGAUUCACUAGCAUCUGAAGUGCUGCCAGGCCAAUGCUGCUUGCUAGCGUUUAACUACGACAGUCGGGGUUGCGUCCGGUGUGCAGAGCUUUCGCAUGACAAUGUCAUAUUUACAGCAGCUGCCUUGGUCCGAAGCUUUGGUUUGACCAGUCACGAUCGCCUCGUGGGAUACUUACCUCUGCAUCACGUGGCGUCGCAGGUGCUGGAGUUUUACGUGCCGCUUAUUGCAGGACUAAUGGUGGUUUGUGCGCCAACGUAUGAUCUGCCCCUUGUACGAAUAGUUACAGAGCACAAGCCAACCGUGUUUUUUGCAGCACCAGCGACUUGGACGCGCUUUAGUCAGCAAGUCUAUUGCGCUAAAGGCGACGUGAAUGCGACAAUUUAUCGUUGGGCCAAAACACGCGCUACUAAUAAUUCACAGAAGCUGCUUUAUGCUAAAGGCAAAGGCGCCAGACGCCGCAGUUUAGGCUACAUGGUUGCCAAGGCGCUUGUACUAAACAACAUCAAGAAGAAGAUUGGACUCAAAAGUUGUGCUGCCUGCUACUCCGUGUUAGCACCGCUCGACUUCGAACUGGAGCGGCUUUUUAAAACGGUCGAUACACCGAUCUACCAGCUCUUUGGUACUGUUGAAACGUCUGGAUUUGCUGCGAUCAAUUUCCCGCACGCCUGGGAGUUCGGUAGCUCAGGUCGCGCGCUGGCCGGCACCACGAUUCGCUGUGACGAACGCUCUCAGGAAACAGUACUACGCGGCCAUAACGUAUUCCCAGACUAUCGAAGGAGUACACCUCGACGUGUGAAUCAGGUGGCUGGAUCUGGUGUUGCUAGCGUGGGUGGUCAAUGUACGUCGAUGUCUGACCCGGAUGGAUGGCUUCGACUCUGGCAGCGUGGAUUUCUGACCCCGACUUGUUUCCUCAAAAUCAGUGAUCCGCGAGACUUUAUUGUGCUCGCAACGGGCGACUGGGUCCCGAUCCAGCCUUUUGAGUACUCGAUGAUGGAACUGAUGCCGGAGCUUGACCGCGCCAUGUUGGUGGGCGACGGCCGAACGUUUUUGAGCGCACUCCUCUUUCUUAAGACUAACAAAGUGGGUCAUCGCGCAGCAACAGCAGCAAAUAAUCACGCCAGGGGUCUACUGCUGAACGAGGAUGCAUUGAAAGUGAGUCGCAGUAUUGGCAGUGCUGCGUCCACAGUAAUAGAAGCGAUCCGCUGCCAGCAGUGGGCCGUACAUUUUGACAAUGUGUUGGAAAAACUGCCCCAAGUCUGUUCCAUAUCCGGUCAUCGUGUCCGCAAAUGGAUUUUGAUGGCUGCCGACUUCACCAUCGAGUCAGGCGAGCUGGACCCGGAUACAGGUGCUGUAUGCCGUCGCAUCGUGGACAACAAGUACCAGGCACUUCUCGACUCAAUGUACAGCUAA